UUGGAUGGGUGCGCUUGCCUAUCGAAUCAUAUGUACGUUGUUACUUGUAAUAAAUUAUGAAUAUUUUUAAUAGAUUUAUCAAGUAAUAAACCGUUCUUUGAAACUGUAUGAAGUGUUAAAAGUGUUCAUAGUGAACUUUAUAAAAAAAAUGCUAUCCAAUGCUGCUGUACACUGAAUAUGGCUGAGGAAAGACUAGUGGUUUUGAAUCGAAGUGACAACUUAGGUUUCGGAUUUUCUUUACUAGGUGAAGCCGGUUUACCUCACAUAAUUUACCAAAUCGAAGAAAACUCUCCUGCAGCUCGCAGUGGUGAGGUAGAAGCGGGAGACGUAUUGCUCAAGGUUAAUGGGACUGAUGUGAACCGGUUCACGACGCGAGAAGUUUUAAAAUGUUUACGACUCUCCUCGGAUCCCGUCACUUUACGACUGAAAAAGGACCCACAGAUCAAAGCGAGUGUGAGGCGGUAUCUGUCGGGCGCGGCGGAACGGCGGAGCAGCGGCGUGCGACUCAAGAACGAUAAACCAGACUCGCCGCCGUCGAGCAAUUCGAACAGCAACUCAUCGAGCAACUCGUCGAGCAACGGCUCGGGCGUGCAGUCAGGCGAGAGCUGUGAGGCGCUGCUCACUGAGGACAGGGCGGUGCGGCGGCCGCGCGCCAACCAGCCAAAGUUCGAAGCGUACAUGAUGACCGGCGAUCUGAUACUGAACCUGUCGAGGGUGGAACAUCCGCAUCAUAAUCACCACGCACCAACACAUAGGACACAUUAUCAUAGAUAUAAUUCGACGCCGGCGUCACCAGCAGAGAACAGAGUGCAGGCGCGCGCGGAACUUUCCCAGCGACACAACUCGUCGCCCGACACGGGGCUCACUGGGGAACAUGCGAGUAAAUUGUUUUAUUCUUUCAGAUUCAACUCGCAGCCCGCGUCGCCGGCGGGCGGCGCGAACUCCGCGGGAGAGAUGUCGUCGCGAACACAGCAGCAGAUUGUACGGACUUCACGAUCUGAGGACCACUUGCAGUUCCAGAAGGAGUCGUCCCUCAGUGCGGUCGCGGUGGACAUGGAGGAGGAUGUGACGUCAUCGCUCAAUACCUUGCUAGAUGCGAGACCGGAUUCAGCCACGCCGGGACCGAGGUCGGAAUCGGAUGAGCGGGAUCGAAUCGUGUGGACAUACAACGCGCCGGUUUCGCAGUGUAAUGGGUCCGCUACUUCCAACUCCACAUCGAUCUCAGAUGGCAUGUCACAAAGGUCAUCAUCCCCCGCGUCGCCCACGUCGGCGUCGUGGUCGGCGGUGUCGCCGCGCGCCACGCCCCCGCACCGCCACCUCGCGCCGCACCACCACCGCACGCUCAACGGUGAUAUGAGCCUAUCAGAAGCCGUGUCAAAUAUAUCUAGUCCAGACUUCCAAGACCAGGACGACAUGUUUGAAACCGGUCGGGAAUGUCCCCGGAUGGAACUGUCCGAUCCGUCCGAUUCCGAUUCGACGAUAUUGGUGUCGGAGCCGUGCCAUAAACGGGCCAAGUCCAAUUCGACAUUUUCGGACCACAGCAGUGACGUCACGCUCAACGGGGGAGAACAGAAGGACUAUAGGAUAGUGAUACAAGUGAAGGGACCAGAUAAGGGUGGAAAUAAUAACGAUAACUUGAACAAUAAUAACAAUAUGAAUUAUGCGCAAAAUGGUAAAGAGAACGGGUGCACGUCGCCGGAGAAUCAGGGUUAUCAGGAGUUAGGUUCAGACGCAGGGUCAGACGAAGGUUCGGACGGGGACUCGCUACACUCGUUCCACUACAGCCCCAAAGCGGUCGACAUUCCUUCAGCAGAGAGACUGGCAAAACGCCUCUACCAUUUGGAUGGCUUUAAGAAAUCCGAUGUGUCGAGGCAUCUUAGUAAAAACAACGAGUUCUCGCGCGCGGUGGCCGAGGAGUACGUGAAGCACUUCGAGUUCGCGGGCGCGACGCUGGACUGUGCGCUGCGCACGUUCCUGUCGCGGUUCGCGCUCAGCGGCGAGACGCAGGAGCGCGAGCGCGUGCUCGUGCACUUCUCGCGGCGCUACCUCGAGUGCAACCCGGGCUCGUUCAACUCGCAAGACGCAGUACACACGCUGACGUGCGCGAUAAUGCUGCUGAACACGGACCUGCACGGGUGCGGCGGCGGCUCGUUCCGGCGCAUGUCGUGCGCGGAGUUCAUCGACAACCUCGCGGAGCUCAACGACGGCGACAACUUCCCGCGCGACACGCUCAAGCAGCUCUACCACGCGAUACGCACGCAGCCGCUGCAGUGGGCUCUCGACGCCGAAACGCCAGCGGCGACGGGCGGCGAAAACCGCAAUAACGGCGGCACUAACCCGUUCUUACACGUGCCCGACCAGAGUCGAGCGGUCGAGUACAAAAAGGGAUACGUCAUGCGCAAGUGCUGUGUCGAACCGAAUGGCAAGAAAACUCCGUUCGGUAGAAGAGGUUGGAAGAUGUUCUAUUGUACACUACGGGAUUUAGUAUUAUAUUUACACAAAGAUGAACACGGCUUUAGACGGAGUCAAAUGUCGGAUAAUCUACAUAAUGCUAUUAGGAUACAUCACGCGUUAGCAACGAAAGCGACUGAUUACACGAAAAAGCAACACGUCUUCAGAUUACAAACUGCAGACCAAGCGGAGUAUUUAUUUCAAACUAGCGAUUCAAAAGAACUGCACUCGUGGGUGGAGACGAUAAACUUCGUGUGCGCGGCGUACUCAGCGCCGCCGCUUGCGGGCGCGGUCGGCUCGCAGCGCAAGUUCCAGCGACCGCUGCUGCCCUGCUCGCACACUAAACUGUCCAUGCGCGAGCAGCUGGCCGAGCACGAGGAGCGCGUGUCGCGGCUGGAGGAGGAGCUGGCGGCGCUGCGCCACGCGCGCGACCACUCGCGCGACCAGCCGCACUGCAGGGAUAAGGACCACUAUCUCGUCUAUGAGAUAAAACGUUACCGCACGUACGCGUACGUGAUGCGCACGCGCGGCGGCGGCGCGAACGCGGAGGAGGUCGCGCCCGCGGUGCCGGAGCGGGACCGGGCCGCGCCCGCACCGGGCCCGCCCCCCCCCGCGCCCGGCCCGCACCCCCCCGCGCCCGGCCCGCUCAACCCCGCACACGCCGCGCCGCCGCAUUGACGCGCCAUGGCGGUGUUCGCCGCCUGCGUGCUCUGACUGUGCGCCCCCCGCACCGUGCCCGCCCACACACACAGUGAAGAUACGCCCACACACACACAUAUACAUAGCGACAGUGAAUGUUAUAUGAAUACAGAGCCAUGAAGUGUAAUGCUAUGUGUAGAAACCCAUCGAUCGGUGACAAAACACAUGUAAUGUAUGGGAGGCGCGCCCCCCGCACCGUGCCCGCCCACACACACAGUGAAGAUACGCCCACACACACACAUAUACAUAGCGACAGUGAAUGUUAUAUGAAUACAGAGCCAUGAAGUGUAAUGCUAUGUGUAGAAACCCAUCGAUCGGUGACAAAACACAUGUAAUGUAUGGGAGGCGCGCCCCCCGCACCGUGCCCGCCCACACACACAGUGAAGAUACGCCCACACACACACAUAUACAUAGCGACAGUGAAUGUACAGAGCCAUGAAGUGUAAUGCUAUGUAUAGAAACAAAUCGUAAGGCAACACACACAUGUAAUAUAUGGGCGCGGGCGUCUCCGUAACACAUACGCCCACAUACACAUAUACGUACAAGGAUAAUGAAUAUACGGAGCGAUGAACUGCAAUGCUCUGUAUAACAAAAAACUCGCCGCGCAUACGUUCACAGGGCCACGUGCUCUUCCGCUACGCCCACACAUAUGGAAGGAUAAAUUUUAACUCGGAAUAUAAAAACGUCGCAUGCGGCUCCACCAGAUGCAAAGUACAAUAUACACACAAAAAUAACAACAAAUACAAUAUGGAAAGAUAAAAUUUAACUAGAAAUACGCCAAAUGAUGGAUUCCCCGCGUGCCUCCGGCCACCUACACCGAUAUAAAAAGAAUAAUAAAUAUAUGAAACAACAGAAAUACUCAAGUAUCCGAAAACAGAAGAAUUUUUAAAAUCAUAAACUAGCAAUAAUUUGAACAUUGAUAUAAAAUCCUAGCUAAUUGAUGUUUCAUUUACUUUUACCCGAUUAACAUUUUAUAUCUAUGUUUAAAAAUUGCUAUGCGUGUUGGUUAUUACUUCAUGUGUAUAUUAGGACAUAAAAAUAUAUAACAGUGGGGGGUGUUAAAUAACUUAAAAGUGAGGGGUGAGGUGCAGGACUGUAAACUAACUUAUUCUGAUGUAUAUUUAAUUAGAAAUUCGUAAAUGUAUCUCUUAACCAAUCUUGAAAUAAGGUGAAAAUUAUUAUCUAUAUUAUGUCUCUUAUAUUGACUAUAGUAACUGUGAAACAUAAAAUAAAAACAAUCUUCUUAACUUAGGAUUGAGACAUAAGUUACUAUAAAAUAAAAGAGUGUGUGAAUUG